AUGACUAGUAAUAAUCGUCAAACAACAAAUGCAGCUGCUAAUCGAUCAACAGCUAAUGGUCAAGCAGCACGAACAUGUCAAUUUAAAAUGGUUUUAUUAGGUGAAUCAGCUGUUGGUAAAUCGUCAUUAGUUCUUCGAUUUGUUAAAGGACAAUUUCAUGAAUAUCAAGAAUCAACUAUUGGUGCAGCAUUUCUUACACAAACUGUAUCUGUCGAUGAUACAACAGUUAAACUUGAAUUAUGGGAUACUGCUGGACAAGAGAGAUAUCAUUCAUUAGCACCAAUGUAUUAUCGUGGUGCUCAAGCAGCUAUUGUUGUUUAUGAUAUAACAAAUGCCGAUACAUUUAGUCGAGCUAAAGUAUGGGUUAAAGAAUUACAACGUCAAGCAGCACCAAAUAUUGUUAUUGCAUUAGCUGGCAAUAAAGCUGAUUUACUUGCUAAACGUCAAAUUGAAGUAGCUGAUGCUCAAGCAUAUGCAGAAGAAAAUGGUUUAAUAUUUAUGGAAACAUCAGCUAAAACAGCAAUGAAUGUUAAUGAUAUAUUUAUGGCAAUAGCAAAAAAAUUACCGAAAAAUCAAGAUUCAUCUACUACACCUGGUGGACGAAGGGGUAAUGAUGGUCAAUCGCUAACAGUUGAUCAACCAUCAAAUCCACGAUCAGUUGGGAAUGAUGGAGGAUGUUGUGGUGGUAGCAAGUGA